CAGCCCACACCAUGGAGGCCCUACACAUCUCUGGGAUCCACGUCGCUGAGUUGCUGCAGGCCGGGCCUCCAUGGCUGGAAAACUUUUGGCUCACCAUCACCUCCGUGGCCGACCCCAAAUGCAUCUUCACCGUGUGCUUCCCGCUCGCCUAUUUCCUCGACCGCAAGGUGGGGGUGGCAGUGCUGUGGGUCGGGCUGGUGGCCGAGUGGCUCAACGUGGUCUUCAAAUGGUUUUUAUUUGGGGAACGCCCGUUCUGGUGGAUCCAUGAGUCGGGCUUUGCCAGCCAGCAGCCACUCACACUGCGUCAGUUCCCCGUCAGCUGCGAAACGGGACCAGGCAGCCCCUCUGGCCACUGCAUGAUCACUGGGGCAGCACUGUGGCCGCUGGUGACUGCACUGACAGCAUUGGCAUCCCGACACUCCAAGAGCCUGGUGCUGAAGCUGAUCCCCUUCAGUGCCUACACGCUGCUGCUGCUGGCCGUGGGCCUCUCACGGGUCUUUGUCCUCGCUCACUUUCCCCACCAGGUGCUCGGUGGCAUUGUGGCAGGAGCUGCCCUGGGCUGGGGGCUGCAGGCUCGCACCCCGGCCACGCGCUCUCUGGGUUUCUUUGCUGCCACGUCCCUGGGGCUGCUGCUGGGCACGGUUGCUCUGCACAGACUCAUGAUUGCUGCUGGCAUUGACAUCGACUGGUGA